CACAAGUUUCCGGGACCGGUGGAGCUCAUCCAUCAUCAUGCCGUCCACCUGGACGGCUUUUUGACCCUGGCCCGAGUCCCUCUAAACAGAGACCCUGUAGAAUCUCCACUCGUCUUGCAGGGCGUGACUGCUGCACAACUGGAAGAACGCCUUCGGCUCAAAGCGGUCGAGAUGGGUCUCAAGUUGUAG